AAUGUCACUUUUUGAAGCAACUUACACCUUUACAUUACAAAAAUAUCAACAGUUGUUGAAGAUAGCGGCAAACCAAUCAACCGAUAUGGAGACCAAGGACGAAAUGAUUUUAGCGCGACCUAUGAAACAUAUUUUACAAGCGGGACCAGAAAAUCGUAACAUUUUGAAAUUAUUCGUUAGUUCUUUUAAUAAUUGGGUUAAGUGUCCCAAAGACGCACUGAAAGUCUGUGCCGACAUUGCAAAUGGGUUACACGAAAUCAAUCUUGUACUGGAUGAUGUUCUGGAUGGAACGAUACUUCGCAGAGGACUUCCUUCACCACAUAUGGUUUAUGGAAUUCCGCUAACUGUCCAGGCCACACUAUACAAGAUUUUUCUAAUAAUGCAAAAUUUACUGUGCUAUGCAGACGACAGGAAGGACAUCGCCCUUGAUGAUUUUAUUAAGCUGGGUAUUAGAGUUUUCACUGGACAAGGACUAGAAAUCUAUUAUAGAGACAGUCAGCGAUGUCCUACUUUUCACGAAUACAGCACUUUAAUACGUGGCAAAUCUACCGAUGCUUUAAAAUGGGAAGUCCAGUGGUUAAAAUUUUGCGCCAAAAAGGAGAAAAUGGAAUUUAGUGAACAUCUGUACCAUAAAAUGGGCCUAGUUCUUCAACUUUAUGGCGACUACAUUAAUUUGCAUAACGCUAAGUACGCCACUGUUCGUGGUUUCUGUGACGAUCUUGACGAGGGAAAAUUCAACUUUCCUAUAAUUCAUGCCAUUCAAAGUCAUCCCAACGAUCAUCGGCUUUUGGAUAUGUUAAAACGAAGACCACUGGAUAUGGAAAGUAAGAAACUCUUUUUAGACAUCCUGGAAAGUUUUGGAAGUUUUGAGUACACACGAAAGGAAUUGGAAAAGUUGAAAAAUGGGAUUCUGAUUGAUGUAGACAACAUGAAUAUGGGAAAAAAUCCACAAUUGGAACGAGUUCUGGAAGAUGUGUUGGGUAAUUUGGAAACGGAAAUCUAUUACGAUGGUUGUGACUAAAAAAUGCAGAGUAGUUGUGUUUAGA